ACCAUGACGUUUUCAAGAUCAAGGGAGAGGAGACGAGCCCCCGGGAGUAGAGGUCAAAACAUGGAGAUGAAUGACUAGGGAUAUAGAGGAACAUGGUGCACUGAUUCCGGAGAAUGAUACGUCGAGCAAGGAUUGCUAAUGCCGCGAGGGACUUGGAUGUGGUAAUAGUGAAUUGGGUACAUGUACUGUUAACACUGACUGAUACGGUACAAUCUUGUUGAUAUACGAAGUCAUCAUGCUAUAUUAGAGGACCAUUACAGAUUGAUAUGGAUCGUGCUUGAAGCGCUAAGCCUACAUGUACCUACAUCACCUUCUCCGCUCCAACGCACAGAUCUCAAAUGGGCUUCCGCAUUAUUUACAUACCAUGUGGCUGCCUGCUUGAAAAAAAAGACUGAUAAAAUCCAUGGUCCUCGUGCCAUUAGUCCGGUACAGAUCCGAAAUCUUUGCCUCACAGUCGAGAAAUCUUUACCUCACAGUCGAGACUCACAACAGCCGCGUCCUGAAUCAGGCUCCAGCCAGGCAUCGCCCAUCGCUACCCAUUAAGGUGAGAGGGCAUCAUACCUAUCUACCCAGCACUUUACCUUUAACUAAUGUUUGCAUACUGCAAGCCGCGCUGUAGCUGUAUUAUACGCCCCCGACGUUGGCCGCUUGCAUAGCUUGCCCUUGCACGCCUUUGGCAAUCCCGCUCGCCAUGGACGCCUCACCAGCCCCGAGACCUGGGCAUCUCCUCUUGAAAAUGUUUUUCAAGAUUAAUGGCCCUGGCAUACCCGAGGAAACCCACUAUACACUACCAACCAAGACGUCCAUGUCGAACAUUGUACGUGACGGGUUGUCCUUGGAGGACGUGCACGAGGUAAACGACUUCUCGCUCUCCAAGUUCCGCGACUUUGCAGCCCAGUACGUUUCGCCCAUGCCCCAGGCCUGGAUCGCAGUGGCUGCAGUGGCCCAUGGCUCGGGCCACGUCUUUGCCUCGGGCGACGAAGACGGCUGGUUCCGUGCCUUGGAUCUUAUUGCGCAGGCCAGGAUGACCAUCACCGAUCCGUAUCACAGCGACGUGGAUCCCGCCUUUAUAGCCAUUGUUCCGCUCGAACAAGACCUGCCGGUGGGUGUCACACGGCACACCUUCGAAUAUGAGCAUCUGCUCCUCAAGACGAAAGAGUAUAUUUGUGAGAGGGCGCCCGAUUUCUUUGAUGGUGACUGCCAGCUCCAGAACCUGCCUCUCCCAGGCGACCUGUCGGACGAGGACCUAUAAGUUUUGGGGUCAGAGACUGACGAGAGGAGAC